AUGGCGGGCCAACAACAUGUGUCGUGUGGUCGCGACCUGCAUUGUGUGCCCGAUAUUUCAUCUUCUACACAACUUGCUUCAGUUGCUGGGUUUGACUUUGCUGCCAUGCCAAUAGUCCACCCAAGAUUCAAGCGCGAGUUCCUAGAGGGCAAAGCCAAAGACAGAAAAGGAGCAUUUGCAAGAUCGGAUCUGUUCCUAUCCAGCCAAGAUUGGAGCUCUCUUGUUGUUGGCAAGCUGUCACCAUGGUUACAGCUGGACUCUGAUGAUGAGACGACCCGCAAAAACUCCCAAGCUGCCCUGAAGCAGGAACUGGCGUACGCAGCUCAUCUGAGCGUGCCCGCCGUGCUCGUACCGCUGACCAGCAACAAAUGCGCAAACCUUGGACGAUGUUUACUCAGCCACAUGCAGGGCCACAGCAACCAUCAGGUGUGGAUUCAAGUGCCCAUGUGUGCCCCGUCCAGUCUGACCGAUGACCUGAUUGAGAACGAUCCUAAACCAGAGACUGGAGGAGGGGAUAACGAGGGCAUCAUACCGCCCGGCCAGGACCCAUGGCAGUGGUGGAACACACUGCGUAGGGUUUGCCAUCACCACAAGAGACUGGGUGUAGCUUUGGAGAUAUCCACAGAUCUGCCCGCCCAGACGGUCAUAAAUCGCUGGCUCGGAGAGCCACUCAAGUGUGCUGUGUUUUCAACGACACUAUUCCUCACCAAUAAGAAAGGCUACCCUGUGCUCUCCAAAGCCCACCAGACAAUAGUCAAUAAGUUAUUUAGGCUUGAUGUUCAAAUGAUGAUUACCGGCAUCAACCACCACCCAGACAAGGGUAUACGAGCUUACCAACAAUACAUGGACCAUCUGUUCCAGAACCAACAACCACUGACUGGUGUUGAAGCCUUCGCUAAGGGCUACGAGGACUACCUACAGUGCCCUCUACAGCCACUAGCAGAUAACUUGGAGUCUCAGACUUAUGAAAUCUUUGAGAAAGAUCCUGUCAAGUACACCAGCUACCAGAAGGCUGUGUUCCAGGCACUCAAAGACAGGGUACCAGACAGUGAGAAAGACACCAAGACAUCUAUCGUGAUGGUGCUCGGUGCAGGUAGAGGUCCCCUAGUGACAGCCUCCCUCAAGGCAGCUGAGCAAGCAGACAGGAAAGUCAUUGUGUAUGCUGUGGAGAAGAAUCCAAACGCAGCCGUUACUCUAUUCGCUUUGAAAGAAGACAAGUGGGGUGACAAUGUGAUGGUCAUUCAGAGCGAUAUGAGAGACUGGGAGGCACCAGAGAAGGCCGACAUCAUCGUCAGUGAACUCCUUGGGGCAUUCGGUGACAACGAGCUGUCACCCGAGUGUCUGGACGGUGCUCAGCCAUUCCUCAAAGAUGAUUGUAUAAGUAUUCCCAGUGCAUAUACGUCUUAUCUUAGCCCAAUCAUGUCCCACAAGCUGUACAACGAGGUCCGCCUGUGCAAGGAUAAAGACAAGAACCAAGACGCUCAUUUUGAGACGCCGUACGUCGUCCACCUCCACAACGUGACUCGUCUUGCCGAUCCCAUCCCACUCUUCACCUUCACCCAUCCCAACCAGAACAACCUUGACAACACACGGUACAGGGCAGUGAACUUUGACAUGGAGGAGGAUGCCGAGGUCCACGGCUUCGCCGGAUACUUUGACACAGUACUAUACAAAGAUGUCCUACUUAGUACCAAUCCACAAACAUUUUCUGAAGGCAUGUUCAGUUGGUUUUCCAUCUUCUUCCCAUUGAAGGAACCAGUACAUGUGUCUGCCAAAGAUCAGCUGGUCGUUCACUUCUGGCGCAACUCUACAACUCGCAACGUGUGGUACGAGUGGUGCAUAUCCGCACCCCUGACCACGCCGAUACACAACAUCAACGGCAGAUCCUACACUAUCGGAAUGUAAUGUUAACCCACCAGAUAGGAAACCUAACGGUCAGUCAGUCAUCUCAGUUUUGAUGCUCGAUGUCAUAGGCCCUUUUCGAAACGACUGGAUUUGACUUUGGAUUCGGCUCACGCUAGCUGUUUUGACAAAUGUGCGUGCUCUGCAAGUACGCACCCAGGGUUUCAGUCGAGAGUACGGAACCUCAAGCCCAAUCCAAAGCCGUUGUUUCGAAAAGGGCCAUAAUUAUUGUUCUAUUUAGCCCGAGACUGGUCCCCUGUCCUUAUCCGCAAGACAGGUAUUGGUUGUACAGAACCAGUGAUAUUAUACAAGUAUUGACUGCUUCGAGUGCUAUGGUUAAAACUAUGACUCCCGAGGUGAUCCCCGCAGCGUUCUAUUUUCUA